AUGUUCCACUGCUCCAAGUGUCAGCAAGACUUUAACACCAAACACCAGUCCAAGACUCACACUUGUCACAGUGUGAUAUCAUUUUGUGCAGAACACCCAACCUACUACAACCUCUACCCCAUCUAUUACAGAUACUUCUUUAAUUACUUUGGGCAAUUCUACACUAAUAUUAUGUUCCAAAAAACAUGGCCAUGUUUAAUGUACGACGUCGUACCAUCGUCCCCCGUGGGAAAAUGA